AUGUUUGUUUUGCUUCCAUCUGAACGCCCUCCUUUGUGCAAAUCGUGUUUUCUGCAGGUUGGCCAUACGUUCGGGGCUUGUUUUUUUUGUUUUUCUUUGAUUGAGGCUUUGUUUAUACUAGCUACGACAAUGACCAAGGUUCCGCGUCAAGUCGAUUCUUCUUCCGCGAUUCACGAAUCUAUAGCGCGAGGAACGAUCCAUUGA